ACACGUCAGCUGAUUCACAGUGUCAUUUCCACUUUUCCUCUGCACUUCAUCGCAUUAUUAGUCAUUGUGGUGUCCAGGAUGCAGAUCCCCUACUGGAAGGUCGCCAUCUACGGAGUCACUUUCCUGGCGUACGCCUACUCUGGCUACGGUUCCCACAUCAUUUCCUCGCUCAGGGACUCCCUCAUGGCCGCCGAAUCGGUCCUGGGCGACGUCUUCCGGAACAUCGGGCCGCUGGCGCAGAAAUUCAAGACUGUCCAGGAGGUGUUUGACGCCGCUGUGGAGGCGGAUUGCAUCUUCAAGUGUCCAGGAGGCGAGACUCCGAAGCAGAAUUGGUACCACACGCCCUCGUCCAACGGCUGCGGGGCGCUCGGGCUGAAGGUGGACAAGCAGUACUUGCCGGCGGCCGAGAUGGAGAAGUGCUGCGACGCCCACGAUCUCUGCUACGACACCUGCAACACGGACAAGGAGCUGUGCGAUGCCGACUUCAAGAAGUGCCUCUACCGGCACUGCGACCAGUACGAGGCGCUGGGCGAACUGCCGGCCAAGGGCUGCAAGGCGGCCGCCAAGAUGCUCUUCACCGGCACCCUCACGCUGGGCUGCAAAGCCUUCCUGGACGCCCAGACGCGCAGCUGCUACUGCUCGGGAAAGCGGCGCCGCGAGCUCUAG